AUGAACGCGAGAGAUCCGUUGUGGCAUUCCAAACCAGAAAUCAGAUCCGAACCAAGUGCCGACAUAGUGAAGACGCUGUCGACGGCGACGUCGACGACACCGUUGAGGAUGUCCAUCCUGGCCACAGCCGCGGUGAGCGAGACGACCGAGUCUCGCAGGUCGAGUACUCCAAGCAGCGUCAGCUCAUCGAGUGUGCUGUCGCAGAAGUACAACGACCGGGUCAUUCUGACGACCUACCCGGGCCAGAACGUCGCCAAUCCCAUCCAUCUGCAAUGGGGCGCGGCCAACCCUCAAGAGCGAGGGCCGAUCGUCGUGUCGCGGAACCGCGAGACUCUCAAGCGUCGCAACGCCAUCGGGGCCCACGGCGGCAGCUACAGCUUCUACAACGCGCUCGCCGUCGCGGCCGGCGACCUCUCCCGAGACUUUCGCCCGGACCUGACCAACACGCAGCCGACGUUUGACUUUCCCUACCAGCCGACGUGGGGGGAUCCUCUGAAGAUCGUGUCCUUGGACCCGUUCGGACACGAUAUAGUCAAGCAUUUCGGCCACCACCUCCAAGCCGGCGUGGAUGUGCGCCCCUCGAUGGCCAUCACGCGGGCCACGAUGCGCGUGGCCGAGAUCACCGACGCACUGCGACAGAAGAGCCUCCGAGUGGACGGCAACAUCGUUCUGAACGACUCCGGAGACGUGCGUGUCACCAAGGUCGCCGUCGAUCCGGUUUGGUAUCUGCCGGGGAUCGCCGACCGGUUCGGCGUGGACGAGACCACGCUGCGGCGGGCCUUGUUCGAGCACACCGGAGGCAGCUACCCCGAGCUCAUCACGAGGACCGACUUGAGCGUCUUCCUGCCGCCUGUCGGUGGCCUGACGGUUUACAUCUUCGGCCCGCCUGAGUGCGUAUCCGACCCCAAUGUCAAAUUGGCUCUCCGUAUCCACGACGAGUGCAACGGAUCGGACGUGUUCCAGUCCGACAUCUGCACGUGUCGUCCCUACCUCACUUUCGGCAUCGAAGAAGCUUUGAAAGAGGCCCAGGCCGGAGGAUCCGGCGUCGUCAUCUAUUUCAGAAAGGAAGGUCGCGCUUUGGGUGAAGUCGUCAAGUACCUGGUCUACAAUUCAAGGAAGAGGAGUGGCGAUACCGCCGACAAGUACUUCCAACGAACGGAAGCCAUCGCUGGUGUUAGAGACAUGCGAUUUCAAGCUCUCAUGCCAGAUAUCCUGCACUGGCUCGGCAUCAAAAAGAUCGACCGGAUGCUUUCCAUGUCCAACAUGAAGCACGACGCCAUCGUGGAACAGGGCAUCCCGAUAUAUGAACGUGUUCCCAUACCGGAUCAUCUAAUUCCAGCAGACUCAAGGGUGGAGAUUGAUGCGAAAAUCAACGCUGGGUAUUUCACGACCGGGAAACAGCACAGUGAAACUGAUUUGAAGGAGAUUCGUGGCAGGGGAUGGCAAGGGUGGGAGGAUGUGGUACAUUAA